AUGCUCCCUCAGCCUCUUAUCUUUGAGAUUGUUUCUUAUCUAUCCUUACCUGACCUGUUUACAAUGGCCCAAGUUAAUAAGUCUUUCAAUAAAGCAGCUGAGACUCCUUCACUUUGGAAAAGGGAAUUUCUGAAAAUAUGAAUUCAAGAUGACGGCUUAAACUCUCAACUAGACUACAAUACCCACCGCUAUUGGAAACAAUUGUGUAUAAAAGGACUUAAAUCUCAAAAUAAUUGGAAAAAACUACCUGGACGGCUCUUCACGCAUGCUGAAAUUUCUCUCCUUUAUAAUGAGCUCCAAGGCGUAUUAAAAUCUCCUGCAAUCCCUAUUAUUUCAUUUCGCAGAGAUAUAAACACUUUCCCAACUUUAUUGCAGGACAUAUUCGGAAAUCCUCAGGAUCAACAUUCAGAAGAUAUGGAUAUAGACACCAUUCAGACCUUUGAAGAUUAUUUGAAUUCUGCAGGGAAUUGCUUGUGCGCUGAAAUUCGGAAUGCAUCAGAUUUAACCUUAUUAGCCGCUUCUAGAUGGAACUUGAUAUCAACUGAUGCCAUUUGUGAAGAAAGGCCUAGUGACAGCUCUGAAUCAACCUGUGACACUGAUGAAGAGGUUUCAUGCAAAUUUUCUUAUAAAAGCACCAAAAGCUUUUUAUUGGAAUUUUAUAUUUGUCUGAAAAAAUCAAUUGAACUGUUUUGUGAAGGGAUUUCAUAUUUUUUGUUAGAAAGUAAUGAUAUUUUGAAUGAUUAUUUGCAAGUGUGGAAUAAUUUUGCAGCUUCAGCUAAAAAUGCCAAUGAAUUAUUUUAUCCUUUGGUAGAAAUGAUAAAUGAAGUUUAUGAAGCUAAAUUUGGAGAAGUUUUGGAUGCUCCGAGAAUGAGUUUGAUAAGAAUGAUGAUUGCUGGUUGGAGAAGGAUUGUUUUUGAAAGAGUGCAAGAAAAAUUGAUAAGUCAGAUAGUGAAAAUGAUUGAAAGUGUAAGGAAAUUGAUUUUUGAAGGAAAAGUGGAUUAUUUGGCUGUAGAUAGUUUAAAGAGCAUCGUAGAUGCAAUUAUGGAUAUUAGCUUGAAUGAACUUACAGUAUACUUUAAAAGCCAUUCUAAAUUGCAGUUGGAAGGGCCAUAUUUGGCUCUUCAUGAAGAAAUUUUAGCAGCAUCAUUUGAUAGUUAUUCUGAACUUGCUUUACAACCACUUGAUCUGGCAGUAUUUUUUGAAAAAGAGAGCAACCUCUUAUUUUCUUUCCUACCGAAUUCUACAAUAUGCAUGCUAAAUGAGCUAAAAAUCAAGAUUUUAAUCAAUAAUCUUCAAAAAUCUCUUUCUAAAGAGUUCCUAUUAUUCAAUCAAGCCCCAUUUGCAGCCUCUCAAAAAUACAAUUCAAAUGAAAUCACAGCCUUUUUAUAUGCAAUUGAUCCAAAUCCUUCUAAGAUCUCAUCAUUUUUGGAUUUUUGCUUCGGUAACGAAAAAUUAGUAAAAAUUACCCAAAUGCUUGAGUUUCUAACGGAUAAUCGACAAAAAAGUAGGUUUUUUCUGCUGCCUUUUUACCUUCAAAAAGAUGGAAAAGUUUUUUUCCUAUUAUUUUUUCCAAGAAAAAACAUCAAUGGUUUUUUUUAAAAAAAGUAUAUAAGAAAAACCUACUUGUCUAUUUUUUAGGUAAAAACCUCUUUUUGAAAAAUAUUUUAUCGGGAUCAAAUUAUUUUAGCUGGAGAUUUGGCUUUAAAUAUCUAGUAUUAAAAGACUUGCUGUAAUCUUAAUGUAAAGCCUAAAAAUGUAAGCCAAAUGAAAGAAAAAAAAUUUCACUGCAUCCUAACCAAUAUAUUUAUUUGACCGUCAAUUUGUUUUUAUCCAAAAAUCGAAUUAAAAGACCCCCCUUUUUGCGAAGCAUUAUCGGGAUCUAAUUAUUUUAGCUAGAGAUUUAACCUUAAUUUAAUAUGUCAAGACUAGCAGCAAUCGAAAUUCUAAAGCCUACAAAAUAUAAGUCAAAUAAAGAAAGAAAUAGCAUUGUUCUGAAAAAUUCAUCUAUCAGCUUAGUCUUAGUUAAAUUUAUAAAGUAGCUUCCGGCCAGGACCGAAGGUCCUUGCUUGCUUUCCUUGCCCUGCUCCCAGUGUGCACCUAAGUGCCACAGGCUACUACUCAGCUCCUUCCGGCCAUGGGACUUGGUCAUGCUAUCCCGGAAGUAGGCGGACAGGGUCACCGUGCUUCACGUCGUCAGACUAGGGUUAGAGCUAAGGAUUAACUCCUUACUCUCCCCCCCCUCCAUGAGUGAACAAAAAAAAUUUUGUUCACUCACGGAGGGGGGUUAAUUUUUUUUUUAAAAAAAAAUUUAUAUAUAAAUUUUAUAAAAAAUAUUUUUUUUCGAAAUUUAAAAAAAAUCCUAAUUCGCAAAAAUUGGAAAGCAAAUAUUAAUUCAAUUUAUAAAAUUUAUGUUUUAAAAAGCAAUUCGUUUAAAAUUAAACAGAUUAGCUCUAUAUUUCAUUAUACUAAUUAUCAUUUAUAUAUUAAAAUUUUUUUCCAUAAAAAAUUUUUCUAUUAAAAAAAAAUUUUGGUUCACUCACGGAGGGUGGGUUUUUUGGGCAAAAAAUAGCGAUUUUUCUAAUGGUUUUGUUCACUCACGGAGGGGGGGGAGUUAGCUCUUGUCGACUCCUGCCAUGCCCUCCAAAUUGGCACUAGCAGUCCCUAGAGGAAAAACCCUUUUUGCCCUGUGUCCUAUCGGGACGACCCUAGGAUCGUCGUUGCUGGAAUGGGAGGGAAACCUAGCCGGACACAAACUACCAGUACCCAUUCCAGACCUUUCCCUGGGCGGAUUGGCUUCAGGCCGCAGCAAGGUCCCCAAUCUCGCCACAGUUCCGGGAGAGGACGGGUCGGUGUCGUCGCCCAUUUUAUUUGUGUUUUCAUCUAUCAGCAAUAAAUAGAAAACUCUAAAGACUAAUAAUUAAAGAUUUAGAUAUUAGAGCUUAAGGUUAAAUCUCCAGCUAUAUAAUUAGAUAUCGAUAAAUGCUUAAAAAAAUUUUUUCCCUUGAAUCACGGAAUCAUUGACUUUUUUCUAGAAAAAAAGGAAAAAACUCUCCAUCAUUUUUGACGGUAAAAAGGCAGUGUAGGAAAAAAUCUACCUGGGGGUUUUUUUUCUUGAUGACCCAUUUCUAACUCACCUUUUUAAGAUUAAGAUUAAGAUUAAAGAGCAUAAGAUCUACCAGAUUUGAUGCCUCUGCACGCUUGUGACCACCAAUUCUGCUUACCGGGAUAGCUUAUUUCCCUAAACCCAUCAACAGUGGCCUACUCCCAGGAUCUGAGGCUUGCACCGUGUCCUUAGGUCUCGAUGGGUUAGAAAGACCCCCUGCUGCUUCACGUCUUGUGGGUGCUAUGGAGCCAAAGGUUAGCACGAUGCCUCCUGUAGCCCACCUUGAGGAAGAUUGACAGCCAGGAAAAGAAGAAACCACGGCAUUCUGGAACCGGCAGGAAAAGACCCCGUAGUCCAAAAACUAUACGGAUAGCUAAUACCCAGACAGGAAUAAUCAGCUGAUUGCCAAGGCUGCCCAACCCUUACGGCCCCUCUAGGCAAGCUAAGGGAUAGGAUUAAAAGGUUGGAAUAAAGUUAUAUUUUUGCGUUCAAAGUGGUGCGUUGUAGCAAGGACAUACUUUGUCACCACCAUAUUAAUUAUAUUCACCUCUUUAAGGGAGAAUUAUUCUUUUGAUCGCUUUUAAACAAUGGUUUUUUGGAAAAAUUUAUAUGCUUUUUUUUGUAAUUAAGAAAAAAAGAAAAUCUAAUCUAAUGUAUAAAUUUGUUUAAAAUACAAACUGUCGAAAAUUUAAAGGAUUAGAUAGAUCUCAUUAUUAUUACUAUAAUAUAUAAAACACUUUAUUAAAAAAAUUAUAUAAAAAUUGGCUUCUCCUACUUAUAUGUUUUGCUCGCUUUUAAAGGAGGAGAAUAAGCAAAAAUCCUUAUGAUGAAACAAUAAUUGAAGAAGAUUUAAUCAUAGAGCGAAGAGCCACUCUUGCAGGAAUUCCUAUAAAUAUACAACCAGAAAAGCUUUUUUUAUUUUCAACUUGCCAAGACCUGACAUAUCCUCAGUUAAAAAAUAUUUUAAAAGCAUAUGCAGUUUAA